GCCUAAUACAGGAUGGGAAUGUAUACAAGCCUGCACAGAGAGAGUAUACUGUAGGACAGUCACAAACUGGUUUUUCCAAACCAUCUUGAUAUCAUCAAAUAAAAUUAUUGAGGAAACUUUUGAAUUCAAGGUGGAAAAUAGGAAAAAUUUGGAAUAUGUGUUAAUUGUCAAAGAGUUAUUUACACAUUUGUUAUAAAAUCAUUGCAGACAACUUGUACUAAAUCCAAGUAGAGUGCAUGAAACAAGAAGAUAUGGAUGAAUUUAAAAUUACUAUGGAGGGAGAACCAAGAAAAAUAAAGUGAAAGAGGAAAGAAGAAAACGGAAGCAUUCUACCACCCAAAGUUCAUGAACUGUAAGAAAAUGAGCAUGAAAUAAUGGAACAAAAGAUUUUUGUAGAUAUGGAUGAACUUAAAAAAAACGUUCAUGAAUUGAAAGAAAACGAAAAAAUGGAACGGAACCCUGGUGGUGAUGAUAUAAAAGAAGUUAAAGUUACUCUGGAAGAAGAGCCAAGAAAAAGUCAUUUUGAAGAAGAGCCAUUGAGAUGGGAUGGAAACAGAAGAAUUUCUCAAAGGAACCAGAAUGAUAAUCAAUUCAAACUGAUACUGGAACGCAUUGAAUCUGAGAAGCUGGUCCUUCAAACAAAAGUUCAAGAACAAAAAGAACUGAUAAAGACUCUGCAAAAUGAUCGUAAAAAAAUGCAACAGAAAUUAUCUGAAAAUAAUGAAAAAUUAAAAAAAUUGAAUGAUGAUGAGAAUGAGUUUAUAAAAUGUCAGGUAAACGAAAUUGAGGAAAGGGAAAAGGUAAUAAGUAAGAUAAAUGAGGAAAACUUAUGCCUUCAAAAAAAAAUAAAAGAAUGUGAAAAAUUAUUAAGAGACAAAAAUUGGGAAAUAAAUAAUAUGAACAUUAAAUUGAGUAAAAUUCAAAAUAGGUAUACUAACGAAGAAAACUUUGAUAGGAGUGCUGAAGGAAAACAAAAGGAUAAUGAGGAUCUAGGAGCUCUAAGGUUUAACAAAGAAUUAAAUGAAGAUGAAAUAUUAGGAGACAAUGAAGAAAAAGACAAACAGCUACUACAGGAAAAAUAUACUUUAGCUGUAUAUAUACAAGAGCUUAAAAAAAACAUACGCAAAAAGAACAAAAUGAUUACAUGUGGAGUGACAGUCAUCAUACUCAUGACAGUAUGUAUGUUCAUUAUGAUCUUAUUUCUGCUCUAUAUUGCACUACACUAUUAUUAGAUUUAAAAACAUUUGGGAGAUUUUUUGCAAGCUUUUCAUACCUCCAUCAGCAUUGCAGUAGUUACUAGAGCAGUCAAUCCAUUUUGCUGCCUAAAGUCGGUUUUCCACUAGGCGAAUUUAUUUGAGCGAAUCGAAGGCGUCGUUUCAGUUCCUGAGCUCUGAAUGGCUGCGCAUUUUUUUGCCUCGCAAAAAGUAGAAACUGUUCGAGCUACCAAUUUUCGCUGAAGCGAAAACUCCGAUAGAAAUGUGAAUGCACAUGUACAUGAACGACGUCUUCGAUUUGCGUGAAUAUAUGGUGGGCGAUUCCAUUAUUUUCGGCACUGUGCCUGAAUUCAGAACAAUAAACAGGCCAUGUAUGAUGAGUGAUUCCAUUAUUUUCUUUUAUGCUUGAGGUUAAAAAAUCAAAUUUCUGUGAGUUUGACCUUGUCUUUUGAACUUAUUCCAAAAUUUAAUCAUCUCUUUCUUAAAUUAUUAUGUACCAUUCCACUAAAUUGUUACGAACCAUUCCUUAGUUUUAGUGUAAUCUUGCUAACAGAUAGACAGUGGUGAAUGCAUGACCUUCUUUAGCAGAGGUAAUACGCUUAUUUCCUUGUAGGUGCAAUGUAGUGAUAAAAGCUAUUGUAUAUGCGUAGUAAAGUAGCUCACAAGUCAUGCAAUCAUAGUGAAUGUAGGACAUAAACCACCCAGGACAUAAACCACCCAGGACAUAAACCACCCAAUUGGAAUAUACCAUU